AAGCGAUUCAUUCAGUUGGAAAGAAUCGAGCAAAAAAUCAACGAAUUUCAUCUGCUCAAGCCUAAAAAAUGACUUUAGCGGCCGCUUUCGUUCCUGGUAAGUCUGUUUGGUAGUUCAUGAAAUCAACCCAAAGAUGAAAGGAAACAUCACUACUAAGCUAUGCUACUAACUUCAGUCUUUCCCUAUUCCUUGAAUCCUGAGGUUUCUAAACAUUGAUGAAGGAAAUUGUGCAGUUGAAGAAAUAAAUCUGAUUUUGAAAGGCUGACUUUAUUUUUGGUAUAACUUCCAAGAGUGAAAUGCAAACGAAGUAGCAUGAACAAGGCCAUCUGGGCUAAUAGUUUCGCCGUUUCUUGAAGUGCUUUUUCCUUAAAAAAUAAAUUAAAAACUCGAUAUACAGAGAUAUUGACUAUUCUGCUUCUUACAUUGAGUCUCACAACUUGUUUUGUCAUCGAAUAUACAUUACUGUUACUAUGGCUUCCAGAAAGAUUGUACUAAAAGAGUUUCUUUCGCCUAGUUCUAUUCAUAAAUUACAGGCCCUGUUUCAAGGAAAACUUCCAGAACCUAAAAGUUCUUCUGGUUUACAAAGUCAGUCAUUUGUUGAACUUGCACAGCAUUUUGUUUACCUGAACAGUGCUUCCUCAGAAACCAAUUUGGAUUCAGACGGCUACGAGACCAUUUAUGCUCCAUACGGAAAGCCUCUGAGGUAUAAGCAUCGUCUUUGGCUGCAUGGGGUCCUGAAGUUUCAUGCACCGCUUCGAUUGUUUCAGGAAGCUGAAUGCCAUGAAAUCGUACACACGAAACCGAUAAGUCAAAAGAAAAGACAAGUGUCUAUGGCAGAGGAUUAUGAUCCGACAUUAAAUCCCCUUCCUACACAGGUUCUAGUUGAAAGAAAAAUUUACGAUCAACAACAGAAUCUAUGCUUAGAAGAAGAUCGUACCUUGUACUAUACAAACAAGGAUUACCUGACUGAUGAAAAUAGGAUUACUAGCAAAUAUCCUUCGAAAAAGUCUUGGUCAUUUACUCCUACGGAAAUCAUGGUAUUUCGAUAUUCAUCUCUAAUGUUCAAUGCUCAUUUCAUUCAUUGGAAUAGACCAUAUACAACAUCCGUGGAAAAAUAUCCUAAUCUUAUAAUUCCGGGUCCGUUGCUCAUAACAGCCAUGGCUAAUUUCUUUAGAUUUUCAUACCCAGAGUUGAGUAAAAGGGUUCGCCAAUUUGACUACCGUCUUUUAGCCCCCGCAUUUGUUGGUACUCCUAUUCGUGUUUGUACGAACGAUACAGCUAGUGUUUGGUUAGAAAGCGAAUCUACGAAGAAUUACCCUACUCUAUUAGCAAAAGGAAGAUUUUCUUUUGUUUCUGCGUAGGCAAGUAUCACUUACAAGCAACUGCUACAAAUAAAGCGUACACUGUUAACAACUCCAACAAUUACGGCUUCCUUAAAAGUUUCAACCUUGCUUUAGUAACAAUUUAGCUUAUCAAAAUCAAAUUUCAACAUUAUUUUUCUUUAAUAUUAUUAUUAAUAACCAAUGAAUUAAUUCACACCA